AUGGAUAACUGCUCUUUUCAGGAUCAGAUGGAGCAUUCUAGUGAUGGUGGAAGCUGUGAUGAGUUAGUGGCAUCUGGGUCACAUGAAGGGCUGACCUACAGUGUUCUCGGAGGGGAUUCUCCCAUCUCCCCAGAUGAUACCGAAAUCUACUACAAUAAUGGAAGAAUACAUAAAGUUGAGAAUUUGGAAGCUUGUAGAAAUUUGAAGAGCCUUAGUCUGAUUGCUCAAUUAAUUGAGAAAAUUGAAGGUUUGGAUUCAAACUCCAAUUUGGAACAUCUUGAAUUCUAUCAAAAUAAUAUUGAGAAAAUUGAAAAUAUUAAUCAUCUCAUCAAUUUAAAAGUUCUCGAUCUCUCCUUCAAUAAGAUUCGAAAGAUUGAAAAUAUUGAACGUCUUGCGAAUUUGGAAAAACUCUUUUUAUCGAGUAACAAAAUCACAAAGAUCGAAGGUCUUGAAAAUCUCACAAAGCUUCAAUCGUUGGAACUAGGGGCGAAUCGUUUGCGAAAAAUCGACAAUAUAGAAAAUUUGAAGGAAUUGAAGGAACUAUGGUUGGGAAAGAACAAGAUUACAUCAAUGAAAAACCUUCGUAUUUUGGAUCUGGCGGGAAAUCGUAUUUCUUCUUUACUUUUUCUAUCUGAAGCCGUAGCGUUGGAAGAAUUGUGGUUUAAUGACAAUUUAAUUGAAUCGAAAGAUGAAUUGGAGCAUUUAAAGCCUCUCAAAAAACUUGACACGAUCUAUCUUGAACGAAACCCCCUCCAAACUAAUCUCGGCCCUGGAUAUCGCACUGCAGUCUGCGAUGCACUUCCUUGGCUCAACCAGCUCGAUGCGGUUCUUCUGAAGACAACGGUUAAUGUGACCGUGCAUCAUGUUGAAGGUAAUCUGUGA